GUUGCACGAAAGCUUCUAGAAUGUGGUAUUGAAGUGGGGAGUAUAUCGCACGACGGCCAGACACCACUAUUCGUGGCAGCAAGCUGCGGGAACGCACCUGUCAUGAAAUUACUGCUCCCCCAGCCAGGAAUAGAUGCCAACACCCCAGACGGGGACGGUCAAACUCCCCUACUGAUCGCAGCGACAAAGGGCCACGAAGAAGCAGUCAGGCUCCUACUCUCCCAUCCGGGAGUGAUCGUGAACGUCACGAAAGACGGAAACAGCGGGACACCCCUCACCAUGGCUGCCAUGAACGGGUAUGACAAGGUGGUCCGCCUCCUCCUAGACCACCCAGACAUCAACGUCAACUACGAAACAGGCUACAGCUUCACAGCAGUGGUUUGGGCCGUGAUAAACAGACACGAGGUGGUUGCGAGGAUGCUAGUA